AUGGGCAUAAUUCAUUUAUGGUAUUCCGUUUUGUUUCUCCUUCCACCAUCAUAUCGUCAACAGCAACAACAUGUUUCUGGUCUGGACUGUCCACUUCCUGUAUGGAGUCAUACCUUAGAGUUGCACCUGCAAAUGAAAGAUUCGAUUCAGGAGCUACAAAUUGACAGACAGUUCAGACGAAACUCGACGAAAAAGCUUCCGAAAAAUCUCUUUUAUGUCCAUCCGAGUUUGUGUCGUGUAUUAAAAUAUCUAGAUGAUGCUUUGGUCAAGCAUUUUUCCACCAUAUAG